AGAGAAUCCAAAAUGGCGGCGUUCGGAACGUGUGUUGGCCUCUGAGCGUCCGUGGUGAUUGCCAUGGCAGGCUCCCUGGGCCUGGUCGGGGGUCGGGUUUGCCGAGUGCUUCGCGGCUCCGUCUCAGGUUUGAGCGUCCAUUUCCUGAAGAGCAGAGCCCAGCAAGGCAGGAUUUCCCCUGUUUGCUUCUGUGGAAGUUCUGCCCUGGAUCACAUCCUUGGGAUUCCUAAGGUGGAAGCAAAACCUUUGGUGGGCCAGCAUCCUCCACCUGUAAAUGCAUUUCAAGCUGAGACAGAUAAUUUGCUCUGUUACGAGCCAGAUCAGCCCGAGAAUCCCAAGGUCUUGAGAGUUGCCAUUAUCGGAGCUCCGAAUGCUGGGAAAUCAACCCUCUCAAAUCAGCUCUUGGGCCGGAAGGUCUUGCCAGUGUCGAAGAAGGUACAUACAACGAGGUGUAGCGCCCAGGCUGUCAUCACAGAGGAUGACACCCAGCUGGUUCUCUUAGAUACUCCUGGGCUCACCACUUCAUCCAAAGCCAAAAGGCACAACUUGGAAAAGUCUCUCCUGCAGGACCCUUGGAGGAGCAUGAAGAGUGCAGACCUAGUGGUGGUGCUGGUGGAUGUGGCAGAUCACUACACACGGAACCAGCUCCAUCCCCAGGUGCACAAGUGUCUCUCCACAUUCUCACAGAUUCCCAGCGUCCUCGUCUUGAACAAGGUGGAUUUGCUGAAGAAGAAACAUCUUCUUUUGGACCUGGUAGUGGAGCUCACGGAGGGAGUUGUCAAUGGGAAGAAGCUUAAAGUUGCACCUCAGUCAAAGGCGUCCUCCGCUACUUCCAGCAGUAGCAUCUCUCAUAAGAGCACCCAGGAUUCUGAGGUUACAACUGCAAAAUCUGGAGACCUAGUGGAAGCAAACAGCCCCCAGGCAGACUCUGAUUCCGAUGCUAGACCCAACAGCAUUAUGGAGGAUGUGGGAAAGAGCAUGGAGAAGCCAAAGAUGUCCAAGAAAGGUUGGCCCCACUUUCGGGAUGUCUUCAUGAUGGCUGCCAUUAACAGAGAGGAGGUGGAAACACUGAAGAACUACCUCCUGAUGCAAGCCAAGCCAGGCCCCUGGGAGUUUCACAGCGAGGUCCUGACCAGCCAGUCUCCUCAGGAGAUCUGUGAUAACAUCAUCCGAGAGAAGCUGCUUGAGUAUUUGCCUGAGGAGGUGCCCUACACAGUGGACCAGCAGACGGAAAUGUGGGAGGAGGGACCCAGUGGGGAGCUGAUCAUCGCACAGAAUUUAUUGGUCCAGAAGGAGACCCAUAUGAAGAUCCUGAUUGGCCACCAGGGCAGGCAGGUCAGUAUCAUUGCCCGUGAGGCCGGUCGUGACCUGAUGGACGCUUUCCUGUGUGACGUCCACCUGAAGCUCCGCGUGAAGCUGAAGAAAUGAGUUGGCCUUUGGAGUGCCCCUGCAGGAGCUGGAUGUGAAGAGGGGGGGCUGCUGCCCAGCUUCCCCUCCCCACCCCCUGGAGCUAGCCUCACUUCUCACGCCAGAAGUGGGUGCGAAGGAACCCCAGCGCUGCAAGGUUCUCCGAGCUGCUUCUCUGUUCCUACAAAGAUUAUAGCAGACGCAGGGGCUCUCUGACGUGGACGCGGGACCUUUUAGGGUUACUGCUAGGUGCAAAAUUACAGUGGUUCUCCAAAGGACAGUGCAGUGAGGCUUGAAGAGGAGGGGAAAGCAAUGUGCGUUUCUGCGCAUCCCUUUUAGUCUGCCUCUAGCGUCGCAUGAUUGUGGCUGGUGCAGUGAGGUCACUGCAUUCUCCUGGUUUGGACAGUGCAGCCUUGAUGGGCAAGCAGGUUCUCCUCUGUGGAGGGGAGGGGAGGGUUAUGGUUCUGCCGUUUCCUGCUUGACUCAGAAUAUGCCCCGAACUGCCUCUGCUCUACAGCUUUUGCCGUGCAGAAGCAGUCUACAGAGGAAGCCACCACGAGAGACUGCCGGCAAAUGGAGAGCGCAGGAGCACUGGCCCUUCAAAUGCCUUUUCUCUAACGCAGCAAACAGAACCAAUUCUCAAUACAAGCCACGCUUUUUCUGAAGGGAGGUGGGAGCCAGCAGGUUUCCAGCAGAGCAUACAAGCGCAGACCUCCUUAUUUACUACUGGGACAGUAUUUUUAAUGCCAUUUCACUCAGGGGGUGGGCUUGAAAAGGAAGGGUAUGUCUGAGGGAAUCUGCCUCAAGCGCUGUCCAAAAGCGCUGACUUGGCCUGUGCCCAUCAGACGAAGUAUCUUCAUCCGUCGGUGGCUUUUGUGUUCUGUGCUCAAAACCGAGGCUGCCAUCCAGGCAGUGCCUCUUCCCUUCUGCUUUCUCUUGCUCUACCGAGUUCUGUCUUGCCCUUCAUGCCUUUCUCUCCGGUGUUCAGGGUGGCUGAGUUCCUAUCAGUUAGCUUCUUAUUGACUUCAUUUGUGCUCUGCCUUUUCUCCCAAGGGAACCCAAAGCAUCAUUCUCCUCUCCUUCAUUUAAUCCUCGCAACGGUCCUCUGCAGUGGGGUUGGGCUGAACGUGCAUGACUAGGCCAAGGCCACCCGGCAAGCUUCCAGAGUAGAGUGGGGGGCUCACCCAACACCGUUUGCUACCCUGACUGUCCAGGGGAUGAACUAACUGGUCAGAAGGAAGUCAGAAGUGAAAAUUGGGUCCAUUGUCUCAAGGAUGCCUAGAAACUGUUGAAAAAACUAUAUUAUCGAGGCCCAGGGAAGAUGCUUUUUCUGCUGUGGCAUGUUCUCUGCUUUCCUGAGCAAGAAACUGGAUAGACUGCUGGCUUUUGGAGAUGUUCCAACACACGUGGCAAUCUCAGGCUUGAAUUUGGCAGUGGAAGGCCUAUUCCCCCCCUAUGAAUGGACCCAGUGGUCUAGCAAGGGAGAGAAUGGGCACUUUCUGUCAUUCCACUCCCUCUGCCUGUGUUGUCCAGCUGCUCAUGUCAGCCAAGGCCUGUCAGGGGAGGGUGUUGCACCAGCACAUUCAGGGAAAGCUCCAUUACGAGCCUACGCUUUACAGGGCUGCUGGCUUGAUCGUCUGAAGGCUCCAGAUUCGAGUGGUCAGUGGGGACCCCUGUGUGUUACCAGCCUUGUUUAAGCUCUGCAGGCUGAGAACCAGAGCUCUUGCCUCCUACCUACACAAUGGCAAACAGAGCAGAAGCAACUCCGGUUUCUUUGCCGAAGCCCUGCUUUCCAUGCCAGUCAGCACCUCUGCCUGGCCUGCUCUUCCCUCCUUGGAUCUUUGCAAGGAUUUUUCCAGCAAGCUUAUCUUCAACAGCCAGUGUGGUGUAGUUGUUCGUCGGACUAGGAUCUGGGAAGCCCAGCUUCAGGUCCUCCCACUCUGCGAUGGAAGCUUGCUGGGAGACCUGGGGCCCGUCACACUCCGCUUAACCUACCUCACAGCGUUGUGGUCAGAAUGAAACAGAAGGGAGGAGAACGACGCAAGCCGCUUUGGGCCCCCAUUGAGCUGGAAGGUGCGAUAUAAAUAAAGUAUAUUAACUACUGACUUCAGUCUUGAGAGGAUUAGUACCUGAGAAGCUUCUACCAGUAGUGCCACAUCUGAAAUGAAUAUGUGCAAUGGGAAGACUUUGCAGUUACCACCAUGGUUUCAUUUUGUCCUUUCUGACUUGCCCCUGCUGCACUGGCAUUGAAUUAGAGGAUGGUUUGUUCAAGUGUAUGUAAUUGGAAUGGGCUAGCAGUGCUUGCUUCAUUUGAUCAGUACAGUCUUCCCUGCAAGACUGUACUAGGAAGGCACACCUUCUAACUUGCAGCUGAUACUAACUUGACACAGCAAUGAUUGACUGUUCUUUAUGACCUCACAGAAGCAGUUGUUCAAGUGGAAUAAAACUGAUUUUUUUUAAAAAUAUA